GAAUACCCUAAACUUAAAAUUUGCUUAGUACUGAUUGUUUUUUAACAAUGGUUCAGGUAGGAGAGAGACUACUGAAAAGAUCGGUUAGACUUUAGCGGGAUGCAUAGAAAGGUUUACGAAACCAGGCUUUUAGAUCUAAAUCGAAGCUUUUGGUGCAUAUAUCUGGCUGAAUUAGUCGAAGCAUACCAAAAUCCUACUGCAUAAGGUCUUCAUAAGGACUUCGGGCAUAGAUCUAAAAAAUGCACAUUCUCGUGUCAGGUCUUUCUUUUUUUUUAUUGAGAAAUCUUGUUAUUCUUUAUUUAUAUAUAAGGAAUCAAGUGGAAGGUAUAUUUCCCUAUCAAUGUUGACACUUUCUUUUUUCCCAAACGAAUUUUGAAAAGUUAACAAAACUGAAAAAUGCUGCGAAAUUUUUCGUCUUUUGCUGGAGCAUUUUUGGUUUGUCUUCUAGCCAGGUUAGCGUUUGCUAAACAGGCUGAUGAAAUCUUCAACUCCUUCAAUUCUAUUCAGUUGCAAAGUGGUAAUGGUUAUCCUAUGGACCUUUACAGAGUUGUUAUUGGCUGGUCAAUAGAUCCUUCAAUGGAAAUUGGUACCGGUGAUAAGUUCAGCCUUGAUAUGCCUUAUGUUUAUGAAAUUAGACAUGUCAAUUCAACUCAACAGGAAAACUUUGGUCAAAGCUUUGAUAUUUAUCUCAAUGUUGAU